GAACGCAAUAUACUGAAACCGUGAAUAUAGGCAGGUGUUGGGACAUCCUCCUCGGCGCAACCACAAAAGAUGCUCCAUGUUCGUCAAUAGAUGACUUUAUUAAAUGUUUGAUACAAGAGCUACAACUGUUUAAAACGAGACCUUCGCAAAUGGAAAUAACUAACGUUGAGAACAUUGUAAAGAGAAACUUGGCUAACUCGGGACUGCACUGUCGAGUGAACGUCAGGUCUAUCAUUUUAAGAAUUCAACACGAAGAGGAGAGAGGAGUCACAUUUGCAACAAGAAGGCCAACGGGUUUUUCCGACGCCACGACCACAGGAGACUGCUUGAACGCUCUCACCAUCUUAAACACAGCAGCUGAGGGCGUUGAUUGUAGACUUGUAGCCCCGUUUUUUAAAUGCAUCAUAAAAGUCACCGAAUACUAUAAAUUUAUUCGUACACCGGUUGAAGAUUCGUCGCUGCUAAAAAAGGUUCAGAAUCACUUAGGUCACCUACUGGUCUACUGUACUGUAGACAUUCCUGCACUGACUAAGGAAGUUUCCGGAGAGUUAACUACCCCUGCAGAGUCAGUCACAAGUACCACAGCGGCCGAUAUAUUUACCACCAAAACAAAUACAACAUCUGCAAAGACGAAAACUGUGUCUACCCCAGCAACAGUCAUGCAUCAGGACAAAUCUAUAAUACCUUUCUCAA